AUGAUCAUGGCCGAAGCGCCGCCGCCGACAUCACCGACCGACCCUCUCGCGACGUUCCCGCCAUUGCCUGAGGCAGAGCGAGACCGUUCUCCCGAGUUUUACGGCUUCGUCGCACUCUCGCUCACCUACCUUCUCUUCGUGGUUUAUCUUGCUUGGGCUCUCCUUCCCGAUGCGGCCCUAGAAGCACUCGGCGUUGCCUACUACCCCAGCCGAGAGUGGGCGUUACUUGUACCCGCGUGGACAGUUGUCCUUGUGCUACUCACAUAUUGGUCCCACCUGGCGAUUGCGCUAUUCCGUGCGCCCGCGCUCUCGGAGCCGUGUACACUUACGGUUGCACGCAACGCACGCCUUCCUCCGCUUUCGCGCCUCGAGCCAACCGAGUUGCCCAUAGGGCUCGUGAACCGCGCGCUGUAUCGACCUCCCAGAACGCUUGUAUCGUCCAUUCCGUCAUAA